AUGAUGGUGGUGAUGAAGAUGGAUACUGAUGAUUGUGCAGCUGCUGCUGCUGACGUGGAAGGCCAGGAGCCGGCCUGUAAUUGGAUGGAGCCAUCUGGCGCUGGAAUCACGGCCAACAUCACUACUUGUACUGAUCAUCAUCGUCACUCCUCCUCUUCUUCGGGUCAUACUGUCCACGGUCAUUGUAUUCGGGUCGGGCAGGGGGUCAUGACCCGCCUUGCUUCUGCUUCUGCUGCUGCUGCUGACGACCUCCUGCUCUUCCCCUCUUCGUCGUCGUGUUAUGGAGUGAAGACGAGGAAGAAGAGAAUGGCGAGGCAGAGAAGGCACAGCUCCACCAUUACCCAUCUCUUCUCUUCCUUCAACACCACUGCUGCUGCUGCUGCCUCCCACGUGCCGCCUCCUCCUCCUCCCCCCGCACGUGAAAUUGACCCAAGGAGUUUGAGGUUCUUGUUCCAGAAGAAGCUCAAGAACAGUGAUGUUAGCUCCCUCAGGAGAAUGGUACUUCCCAAGAAAGCAGCAGAGGCACACCUCCCUGUGCUGGAGUCCAAGGAAGGCAUGUCCAUCACCAUGUAUGACUUGGAUGCCACCCAUGUCUGGACCUUCAAGUACAGGUAUUGGCCUAACAACAACAGCAGAAUGUAUGUCUUGGAGAAGACAGGUGACUUUGUUAAUGCACAUGGACUGCAAUCAGGAGACUUCAUCACACUUUACCAAGACUGCCAAAACCAGCAGACCUAUGUCAUCCAAGCUAGAAAGGCUUCUGAGGAGGAGAGCAUAUUUGCAGACAUAAUGAACAGUGAUGUCAUGAGCGACCACAUCCUGGUUCAGGACCUUGAUCAUCCCCACCACCACCACAUUGCUGGAAAGACCAACUCCGCCCUCUACUACGAUAGUAAUGCAAUGGAGUGCGCGGCUGCCAGUUUGUCCUUCAUUUACGACAGCACAACCACCUUCUCCAACGACUCCCCCUUGGAUUUUUUGGGUGGAUCCAUGACCAACUUCCCCAGAACCGGGAACCACCUGGAGAGCUUUGGUUCCAUUGAGGCGCUUUCCCUUGAUGACUUCUAUUAG